AUGGCAUCUCUCGCUCGCACCCUCCGCCCAUUGGCUCGAGCAGCCACAUCUGCCCCUGCUAGGACGCCUAUCAGCCGAGUCGUACUACAGCAAUCGACACCAUCAGUAUCACGAUGCCUCUCUUCAACCUCUGGACGACGCUACGAUACAAGCAACAUCACAACCGAGGGCGAACCCUUCGACCUGGAUGGCAUGCAGCCAACUCCCAUCUUCCACCAAACCGAGACCGAACAAGCCAUGGCCGAAGCCGUCUCCAAGUUUGCCAACGAUAAUAUCCUACCCAAGGUACGAGAGAUGGACGAAGCUGAGAAGAUGGACCCAGCCAUCGUGGAACAGCUCUUCGAGCAAGGUCUCAUGGGCAUCGAGAUUCCAGAGAAGUAUGGCGGAGCGGGCAUGAAUUUCACAGCCGCCAUUGUCGGGAUCGAGGAGCUGGCAAGAGUCGAUCCAAGUGUCAGUGUUCUGGUGGACGUGCAUAACACACUAGUCAACACCGCGAUUUUAAAAUACGGCACAGAGGAAUCGAGGAAGAAGUGGCUACCGAAACUCGCAACAGACACGGUAGGCUCCUUCUGCUUAUCGGAACCUGUCUCUGGCUCCGACGCUUUCGCGCUCAAGACCAGGGCGGAGAAGACAGCAGAUGGGUAUAAAAUCAACGGGUCUAAGAUGUGGAUCACCAAUUCCAUCGAAGCGGAUUUCUUCAUCGUAUUUGCCAACAUGAACCCGGAGAAGGGCUACAAAGGCAUAACAGCUUUUAUCGUAGACAAGUCGAUGAAAGGUUUCAGCAUCGCGAAGAAGGAGAAGAAGCUGGGUAUUCGUGCAUCGAGCACAUGCGUGAUCAACUUCGACGAUGUAGAAGUACCGAAGGGCAACUUGCUAGGCGAGGAAGGCCAAGGGUAUAAAUAUGCUAUUGGGUUGCUGAAUGAGGGAAGGAUAGGUAUUGCGGCCCAAAUGACCGGUCUCGCUCUCGGAGCUUGGGAGAAUGCCGCUCGAUAUGUCUGGAACGACCGCAAACAAUUCGGUAUGCUCGUGGGAGAAUUCCAGGGAAUGCAGCACCAGCUUGCACAAGCUUAUACUGAGAUCACCGCCGCCCGAGCACUCGUCUACAAUGCUGCGCGUAAGAAGGAAGCUGGCGAGGAUUUUGUCAAGGAUGCGGCGAUGGCGAAGCUCUUUUCUUCGCAGGUCGCUGGUAGGGUCAGCGGAAGUGCGAUUGAAUGGAUGGGAGGGAUGGGGUUUGUGAGGGAGGGUUUGGCAGAGAAGUACUGGCGGGAUAGCAAGAUUGGCGCCAUCUACGAAGGCACCAGCAAUAUUCAGCUGACUACCAUCGCGAAAUUGUUGCAGAGGGAGUAUACUUCGUAG